AUGGGUUUCGAAAGCUACAUUUCCUACUUGCUCUUUGACAUCCAGUGCCCUACUAUUGGCAUCGUCUUCUCUAUGAUCAUCAUAGGCGUCAGUCGAGGACAGUCUCGUCGAGAUACCACCGGAGCACGCACCAAGAGUAUUAGAUGGCAGCGUUCCACCGCUGAAGAAACUGUUACAAAUAUGGAGAUAGGACUACCUAGGAUCGCCGACACGCGCACCGACAAUGUCGAAGCCCACCAAGAGGAAUUCCGAAGUCUUCGCCGAGACGAAGCAAGAGUCAAUCACAUACAAACCAUAAUUUCAGGAGAUAGACCCAAGGACUCCUAA